AUGAGCCACGGCGAGUACGAGGACUACUACGGCCUGGUGAUUCGGUACCAUCAACUCGCCGAGGGUGUCUACACGGGCGUUCCCGCCGAAGAAUGGGACGACGAAAUUCACCGGCCUUCUCACGAAGUGUGGGACCUCGCCACCUUGGCCGCUCGGGGUAGCGACGACGGCGACGACGAAACCCUCGUGGACCUCGAGAUCCGCGACCUCGACGAGAUCAAGGAAAAGUGCCACGAGGCGGUCAGCUGCGUCAAGUCGCGCGGCAGCGCCACCAUCAAGGCGGCAUACCAGUUCUGGAUCGCGGCCGCGGAAAAGGCCAAGCCCGCCUGCUCGAGUCUGCUGGAGUUCCUGGACCGGCCGUUCUGGGCGACCUGGGUCGGCGUCGCCAUUGGCGGCGUCAUCUCGGCGCACAUCAACUCGUUGUCAUUGAAUUCGUGCUCGGCGAACCGUAGUCCCCUGGGGACAGACGCGGAGGUCGUGCGAAACGUUGUUGCGCACGCGGUGGCGGCUCACGUUGAUGCUACCGACAUGUCGAUUACCGUUCAUGGGCCUUCGGGCGAGUGGACGAUUAACAUUGCGUCGUCAGGACCAGACAGCAUGAAGCCUGUUCCUGCUUGUCACCGGUAG